UCACGGAGGCUGGUGCUCCCUGGAGCUGCAGCAGCGCUACCUUGAGCUGUAACGCGAAGGGCUCGCAGUGUCGUGAACCGUUGAGGGAAUUUCCCGGACUUUGGCCCGAUGUGAGGCUCCACGCCGCGAGUGAGUGAGGUCCGCAGGGUGUAGGAGGGACAUGCGCGACCCGCCACCAUGCUGACGCGCUGGAAGAGCAAGGACAAGGAGAAGGACAAGACGCUGCCCAGGGAGAAGAGCGCCACCCUCGGCAGCAGCAGCAAGAAGAAGCGCAAGUUCGGCAGAGAAGGUGAGAGGUCCAAGGUGCACGACUCCGGUUCCCACGAGCGACGUCAUCGCUUCAGCAAACGAUCAGAGGAGGAAUGGGGCGUCGGAGGCAAAGGGCGGGGGCCCGGAGACCUGGGAGGGCCCCCCGGGGGCAGCGUCCGGGGGGACGAGGAGAUGAGGCGGGGCGGGGGGCGGGGCGGCCGCAGGGACGACCCCCGGCGGCACACGCUGGGCGGCGACCAGCACCCCCACCCCCCGCAGGGCGGCACGCUGUCCAGGAGCAUGGACCUCGAGAUGAGUGCCAAGCAGCGGAAAAAGUCGCCCAUGGCCCGCGGCUACCCGCCGCCCUCCAACGCCAUGCUGUUCGACGACGACCCCGGCAUCAUGUCCGAGGUGGAGACCGCCUCCACCGGCUUCCACCGCGGCGGCAAGCAGCGCUCCUCGCUGCCAGUGGUGCGGACGCCGAGCAAGACCUUGGAGCGGCCCCUGGGAUUAGUGUUCCUCCAGUACCGAAGUGAGACGAAGCGCGCGCUGCUCCCCAACGAGAUCACCUCCCUGGACACCGUGAAGGCGCUCUUCGUGCGCUCCUUCUGCAAGCAGCUCACCAUGGAGUACCUGGACUCGCCGCUCGUCAAGAUCUACAUCCACGACUCCAACAAGGACAUGUUCUACGAGCUGGAGGACCACCGAUCGCACCUGCGAGACAUCCGCGACCGGUCCGUGCUGCGCCUCUUCGAGUCGACCGACGUGCACAGCGGGGUGUUCCCGGGCGCGGGCACGGGGCUGGCGCCGCCCCCCAUGUGGGAGGCGGACCAGUCCUACUUCAGCGAGCCCGAGUUCGACUCCGAGUACCAGCACCAGCACAUCCACAAGUCCAAGGCCAGCAAGGCGAGUGGCGUGCCGCCCCAGCCCUACUACAUGACGCACUCCUUCCCCCCGGGCGGCCCACCGGGCGCGGGCCCCGGCGCGUCCGCCACCUUGCCCCGCGGCGGCUCCAUGCUGCGCGCCUACUCGCCCGCCCCCAAGAACAUCCCGCCCUCUGACCGAAUCCAUGCAGAAAGUGGUUACAUGAGCUCACCUGAACGAGGAGGUCCUCGGGCUUACCCAUCUCCAGCAUACCCAUCUUCAGCUGCUGUGCCUUACGAAGAAGGCUACUAUGGGCAGUAUGGCACUCGCUCUGGUUCCAUCACUCCUGUCAUUGAUGAAGAAGCAAGUGACACGGAGCUGAUGGAUGAGCAGUAUGCCCUUUAUGGCGUCAAGCUACCUGGGCCUGGGUCUGGCCCGCGUGGGCCCCCUGCUGCUGCGAGGGCUCCUUUCCCAACCCCUGCUGGACCUCCUUACGACGUGACUCGGAUACGAGUUGAGAAUAUGGAACGCCAACUUGCCAACUUGACUGGUUUGGUUCAGAAGGCUUUGACACAUGGGCCUACUCACCUUGCUGUGCCAGGAUCUCAGGGAUACCGUAAUGCCUCAGGAGAGUUUGAUACUCAUGCCCCAUGCAGCUCAGCUUCUCAAGACGAUCCCACGUUUGUGAGGAGUGAUGUGAAACCCCCCAAAUUAGGAAAAGAUAAAUCUGUUUCAUUCGAGAAGUCAGUUUCAUUCAGUGAUGAACCCCCAGACAUGAAUUCACCUAAACAACAUUCUCCCCAACAUGGAGCGGACACUAAACCCACUAAACCAGCAAUUAAGUCAUCUACACUCCCUAGAACUUCAUCACAAGAACGUGAUCGUCACAAACCAGCUCCUCCACCAAAGCCUAUGUCCUUGUCUCCUGGACAGUAUGAAGGGCGCAAUAUAUACAGAGAUUUGCAGCUGACUCCAGAAAUGUACAACCAGCUACGUGGCCUCCAAAAGAAAGCGAAAGAUUUGAGACAAGAAGUACGUAACUUAAGAAGAAUGUCUCAAGCCCAAGCUCAUUCUGUAAGAGAAACUAUUCGUGACACAUUCAUCAAAAUAAGGGCCAUGCUCAUUACUGGUUCGGAAGGAUCCUGGGCAGCUAUAGGAGAUGCUGAAAAAUUGCGAUUAAGUAGGGAAGAAGAACUCUACAAACAAGAAAUGAUUCGCCUAGAAAAAGAUCUCACGGAGCUUGAAAGUACAGUUGAGGAAUUGCGUGGCAAUGUUAUCAACAGGAAGACCAGAGUUAACAUGUCAGAUGUUGAGAAUAUGGCUUUGAUUCUGAGCAAAUCCAGUAAAACAGUUGCAGACUUAAAAGUUCGCUUCCCUGGCUUACAAGACGAAAUGAAGAGCCUCCUGUCCUCAGAAAUGGAUAAAGUCAUGCGAGAAGAAAAGUUCUUAAAAGAAGAACCUGAAAGACUCGAAAGCGCCUUGCGUCGGUGUAAAAAACUUACAGGAACUUUGGUGACUUUAAAACGUUUGGCUUCAGUUCAAGAGCAGCGUUUGCCAGGACCUCCAGGUGCAGUAGGUGCAGAUGCUCGUCUUUCCCCUACUCUGGAUGAUGAACCACUCCCCCCCACUCCUAAUUCAGCAUCUAGCAAGGCCUGCAUCUACGGUUCAGCGCGGAAUCUCGCCGCGGCCAGCGACUCGGGCGGAGAGUCCAGCUCUGGGAAGCGUCCGGAGAACGCACUCGACGCCUUGUUAGAUGAGCUCCAAACUUUUGCAAAACCACCAGCUUCGAACCAAACACAUCCUCCAACUAUGGCUGAAAUAGGACGUCGGAAAGGUAGCAUUGAGGCUACAAACCCUCCUGCAAGCAAUCCAACCUCUUCACUACGCCGCCUUCAUUCGUAUCCCAGCAGCUCUGAUGGGGGAGGCAACUCACCACCAAACAUAGCACGGCUCCAAGUUUCUGAUUCUAAACCACCUGUCCCUGAACGCAAUGCUGAUCUUCUUGCAAAGAGAGUGCCACCACCGCCACCACCAAGAACCAGCUCUAGGUCCCCUUUGGCAUCACCAACCAGCCCAUCCUUACCACCCCGCACUCAAAAUCCACCAAGCCAGCCACAAAUGGGCACACAGGGCACUCUUCGUAGAGCACAGGCAGGUAGAGCCAGUGGAAGGUCGUGCAGUAUACCUGGUGCCGACCCUCUUCGAAAUCCCCUUGCUCCUGAAGAGCCAUCCACUGCCAGUCCUACCAUCACAGCGGCCUCUAAUAGCUCCAGCUGUGAAAGUGUUAAUUCACAAGAAGGAGCUGUGGCAAAAAAAGAAAGGCAGGAAGCAUUAGAGCAGAGGCACCAAGAGCUUCUGCGGAAACAGCGUGCACUUCAGGAACAGUAUGCUCGAUUGCAGCAGCUUCAGCGUGGAACAGCCACUGUCCCCACACCUGAUCUUUUGCUGAAAAAAACAGGGAGUGAGAGUAACCUCCUAGCUAAAAUGGGCAUGCAAGGUCUUUCUGCAGCUGCACCAAUGUCUGGUUCGUUAACGCAUUUAGCAUCUGCUGCAGCAUCUACUCCAUUCACCACCGCUCAAACCACAACUAGUAAAAUCUAUGAAACUGAUAUACUUUGACAACUUUAGGUUGAGCAAUUUAUGCCAAUAGUCCGACAUUUCUGUUUACGGUCCUUUGUGGAAUGGUGAUUUCAUUGUCUACAUUCUGCCUCCAUAAGCAUUGCCUGAGCUAUGACAGGUUAGAGAAACAAAGCUUUUCUUUUCAAUGAAUGGUUUGUGAUAGAUUUUAUUAAGGUCUCAAUUCCAUGAUAUGAAGCUGUGCUCUGUUUUAACUGGAAGCUCACUUUACACUGUCAGGUCGCAGGAUUAAUGAAGCCUGGUGGUCAGGGGUCACAUUCUCUCUUAGAAGUCACUUAUCAGGUGUUUGAAAAGUAGGGUGAACCAAACAACUUUGUUAAAUGUGCCAAUGCCCUUCCCAUGCUUCACUAUUCUUGUAAAUUUAUGACACAAUGAAGCAGUUUGUAAAUUUUUACAGACCAAAGAAGUGAAAGUCAUUAUUGUUAAUAUAAUGAGCAUAAAUGCUCAAAAGGUGUAUGUGGGUUAUUUUCAUUUGAACGUGUUUAUGUCUAAGCUGUAAAAUAACUAUUUGUCUUAUUAAUUCAACCUCAGUCAUUAUCACUGUUGCCAAAGUAUUUCUCCUGUCUAUUUUCUCUCUUUGUAUGAUUUCUUGGUCUGUUAUUUAUUUUUACUUCAUUAAUGUAAAUAAGACUCAGCCAAUAAAAUCACAACUUUAGAAGUAUUGGUCACAAAGCUUUUGAGUUUCUCACAUUUGGACUCAUUAUAUGGAGUGCCAUAAAGAGCAUUUUAAAUUUAUCAAAAUGUAAAAAUUUGCUCAAUCCCAGUUUUUUGCUAUGUCUAUCUAGAAUAUCCAUAACAUUUACUAUGAAAGCAGGAGGAUGAAAGUUACUUAAAAUCUUUUUCGUGACUUCAAGGCAGAGUUCAACACAAAUAUAAUUUUAAAAAAGUUAGACUUGUAGACCUGCUGUGGUAUUGUUUCAUACAAGCUCAGUAGUUUCAGCUUCAUGCACUUGAUAUUCACUUUUCCAAUUGUGUUAGUGUAUUCUUGUGUCAUGUUUUAACAUAAGGAUUUUGCAUUUAGUUACAAUGUGUGUGAAACCCUCUUCCCUUAACUCUCUUAUUUAUUCGUUUCUGUUCCUAAUGGUAUUUGGUUGUUUUUUUUUUGUCAUUGGCAUUGAGGACAGGGAAUGUUUUUAUCCCCUCCUUCUGAAUUGUGACAUAUUAUCUCAGUACUCAUAUUUUCUGUGCUAUGGUAAUAGCACAGAACUACACUUACAUUUCAAUCCUUGUGGGCUGUGUCACCCUGUAAAAGAAGAUCUGUAUCACCUAUGUUGAAUGAGAAGGAUGGGCGCCAAAACCUCUUUGAAGUGAUAUUAAGCUACGAUUUGGUGUUCUACGACAGCUCUUGAAGAGUACAGUGUCAAUAUUUUAUGUAAAAACUCAAAUUUUCCUUGAUUUAUUAAUGUGCCAUUAGUGUUAAAGAAAGGCAUUGUAAUAUAUUCAUCUCACUAGUACUUUUCAUGUUAAAUAACAUACAACUGUAUGAUUAUGGAUUCAUUGUAAAUUCUGUUUAUUGCAUACAAACUUGUCUUUUUAGUCAGACCUGCAGAACCUCAUUGCACUUUUUUUACUACCAUCUGUUUGUGUCAACUAAAUGUACUAUACAACAUUUCCUCUUACGAAGGGUAUUCCCCUCCCCUUCCUUUUAUUUGGUUGGUCAAUAUGGCCUAAACUAUUGUGAAUUUUUAAUGACUGUGAGAAGGACUCCUUUGGUUAUGAUUUUCAUGUGUUUGAAUCUGGAACACUGUGUGUAUAUGUAAUCUAAUAUUUACUAUGUCAUCACUUUGUAAAAAUAUUUGAACAAAUUAACUGUAUAAAACGGGCUAUUGUAUAAGUCUAUAGUUGCAUUGUAUGAAAUAAUUAAAAAGAUAAUAAACUAUGAAAUUUCUUAGAAUGGAAUGAAAA